AUGUCCCUCCGGUCCACGAUGCACAUCCCAGCUGUCCCAGCAUUUCUUGAUAGCGUCCGUCUUCGCGACAUUCAGCUUCCACUUCCCGCUGCGCCUGACCCAUGGCAUCGACCAGGCAAGCCGCAACCCUGCACGGCAAGUCUGAAGCUCUCUUACUCCUCUGCCAUCGCUGCUGCCGAGAAAGAUGACGUCUCCCUAUCAAUUGACUACGGCAAGCUGUUCCGUCGCCUAGAAACGGAUGUCCGCGAGAUGGCUCAGCAUACCAGCUCCCCGGAGCAUCCCCAUCACCGCAUGGUCAGUGUUGAAGGCACACGACGCGAGGAGAUGAAAGCGAGUGCAGUUGGACAGGAUCCACGGGUGACUGCUGGUAUUGUUGCAAACUGUGGCUUGAGCUUACUGGAUGAGACUGCCGCUGGAGUGCGCCGUAUGUCGCACCUUCGCCAGAGCCCUCGCAACAGCUUCUCCGGCUCGCAGGCGCCGCCUGCUCCACAGUCUGCAGAUGCCGGUCCAGCUCCCAUUACGGCAGAAUACGGUCGGUGUGAAGUGUGGUUGCAUCUGCCCAAGGCUUUGCUGCGCGCCGAAGAGGGGCUCAAGUAUCGAAGUGUCACGGUAUGGGGCUACAAUGACGAGGCUGGUGCAGAUGCUCUCGAAUCGGAAUCCCGAUCUCCUGUGGUCUUGGAAGAAGAGUUCCGAAUUGAGGGUAUUCGAUGUUACUGCAUCCUCGGCGUGAAUUCCCAUGAGCGCGUUGAGAAGCAGGCUGUCAUCAUCUCUCUCGGCUUUGAGGGACCCGGUCAGCUGGCUUGGGGAUCAACUGUGGUGAACACCUAUGUUGCUCUCACGCGUGCUGUUGCAGAGAAAGUCGAUGAGACGACAUUCCAGACGGUCGAAGCACUUGCGACCUUUGUGGCACGCAUCGUGACCGUCGACUUUGGCAAUGAGCGUGUGACAGUGCGCGUUGAGAAACCGAGCGCUCUGGCCUUUGUCCAGCGUUCUGGCGUGGAAGUUACUCGCACCCAAGCAUUCUUCCAAAGCCACGAGGUGGCGCACCGACAUCUUCACCCCCAGGCCGACAACGCGCAGCCUUCCCGCGCCGAGACACCAGCGGAUCUGGUCACUGAACAAGCUCCCCAGGCAGACAAGAUGAUGCCCCCGCCGACUUUCCACCCGGAUCUCUUGUCGGGCAAGCAGCGGCGCAAGGCCAAGAAGAAGAAGCAGUACGUGGCGGCGGACCCGGCACCGUCUACCGUCCGUGGGUUUACACCCUUGGCUUCUGCCGAUGAGGACUCGGAUUUUUCUGUGUCAAGCUCCCGAGCAGCUGAGUCGCACCCAAUGGAAGCGAUCGGUGGAGCGAGUCCACGCGCUCAGCCAAGCACCGCGCACGGGAUUAGCGCGCUGAAGCUUCAACUGGAUUCGCUGAGUCUCUCCGAGAAGCCAAAGUCACGGAUCCAAUUUGCUUGCUCCGCGACCCCGAGCAAUGCCAGCGCGUGCUCUGACAGCGAUCAAACUGAGAUCCUUACGAGCUACGAAGUCCCGCUCGAACAUGACUUUGUCAGUGCGGACGCAGGCCAAGAUGAGCCUUCGGUCAGUGCGAGUCCUGUCGCCCAGACAAAUGGACCUGACAUGAAGAGUCAGCUCUGCCGAAAGAUGAGUGCCGCGGAUUUCGAAACGUUGCUCUGCCUAGGGAAGGGAUCAUUUGGAACUGUUUUGCUGGUUCGACACAUUGUCACUGGCAAACUCUACGCCCAGAAGCAGUUCAAGAAGGCCUCGAUAACUGUGCACAAGAAGCUUGUGGAGCAGACCAAGACUGAGCGCAUGGUCUUGGAAAGUGUCAACCGGCAUCCAUUCGUGGUCAAGCUGUUCUACGCAUUCCAGGAUCACGAGAAGCUGUACUUGAUCUUGGAAUAUGCCCAGGGCGGCGAGCUUUUCCACCAUCUCGCCAUGGAGCGCAUGUUCGAAGAAGAUGCUGCAGCCUUUUAUAUGGCAGAGAUGGUCCUCGCCCUGGUGCACUUGCACCAGAAUGUCGGUGUGCUGUACCGAGAUCUCAAGCCCGAAAACUGUCUUCUGGACCACGAGGGUCACCUGCUUCUAACCGACUUUGGCCUGAGCAAAAUCGCGCUCAACGACGAUGACCGGUGCAAUUCCUCGCUGGGCACGAUUGACUACAUGGCUCCAGAAGUGGUCCAGGGUAAACCAUACGGCAAGGCAUGCGACUGGUGGUCUCUGGGUGCGCUCGGCUUUGACCUCUUGACUGGAUCGCCCCCUUUCCGCGCCAACAAUCACGCGAAGAUGCAAGAGAAGAUCGUGAAGCAGAAGCUAGUGCUGCCCUAUUACCUCGGGCCUGACGCCAAGGAUCUGCUCACCCGACUUCUUCGCAAGGAUCCCGCCAAGCGACUCGGCUACCACAUGCCCAAGGAUCUACAAACGAUCAAGAAGCACCGCUUCUUCCGCAAGAUUGAUUGGGCAGCUCUUGAGCGCCGCGAGCUCAACCCGCCCAUCCAACCUGUCGUUACCGAUCCGGCUCUGGCAGAGAAUUUUUCAGCCGACUUCACGCAGGUCCCGCUCAGCCCAACGGUUAACAGUGGAUUUGACGAUCUGUAUGCCAGAGGCCAAUCGUGCAUGUCCUCGAGUCUCAACGCACACGCAUCAGGCGAAGGCGAUCCUUUUGGUGGCUUCAGCUACGUGGCUUCGAGCAGCUUCUUCGAUCACGGGGCGGGGGCGAUGACCGCGGGUUAUUAG